UUUAUGAAGCAUGGCAUGCAAAGAGGCAGGCAACGAGGAACUUUUUGAUCAUUCUACAGAGACCUUUAGGAAUAAAAGUAAAUAAAGUGAGUUGGCUUCAUUUUGUUAAGCUGGUCAAAAAUCAGAAGAGGAGAAUGGAAUCCAGCACACUGAUGAAGACUAUAACUGUACAAGAAAUAUACAGCGAAACCUCCAAGGCUGAAUACAGAAGCAUUGAAAUUCCCAUGAACCUCAGCAUUGUAAUUCUCCUCAGUCUUUCUCGAAUCAACCUGCUGAUCAUGAUCAGUGUAUUCUGUAUGAAACUUCCUUCACUGACCAGGAUUAUCAUUCUCAACUUGGCUCUGUCAGACCUGCUGUUUACUGUUGGACCACUUUUCUGGGUCUAUGACCAUAUCUGGGGUUCGACUCUGGGAGAGACAGUGUGCAAAGUUUACAGCUUUUAUUCUUCAGUCGGGUUUUACAGCAGCAUGGUGUUCCUGGUGUUGAUGAGUGUCGAGCGCUACAUGGCCGUGGUGCACCCUCAAUCAGACUGGAAAAAAGAAUUUUGUGUCAGAGAUGGUCUUGUAUUUGCGUGGGUGAUGAGCAUCCUGGUAGCAUUGCCAGUCAUGGUGAACAUUAAUGCCCAGUCUUACUCAGGAGGCUGUAGGUACAGCAAGACAAUUCCAUAUGUUAUCACCAUGUAUAAAGAGCUCCUUCUGUUUGUAAGUGCCUUUUUGGUCAUGGGUUUCUGCUACAUCAGGAUCCUGCCAACUGUUAAGUUUCCAGGAAACCACAGCAACAUAACUACUGGACUUGCCUUCGUUUUGGUCACUACAUUCUUCAUUUGCUGGGCUCCUUAUAACACAUUGAAUUUGCUUUACAUCUUAGAUUACCAUCAGAUUUGGAUUUAUACCAAUGAAAAACAUCUUAUUAAUGGCACAUACAUCUGCUUUAUUCUGGCUUUUACCCGAUGCUGCCUCAAUCCAGUGAUUUAUGGUUUAUUUGGUCUAGAAUCCGGUAAAAGAGAGGAAAAGCGAGCUGCUUCUGAAACUGCACCGGUGGGAACUGAACAUGAAGGUUCAAGCCAUGAAUAUUGUGAUCUUUCAGUUAAUAAAAGUCCACGGACUAGCAAACCUGAUGAUCGUAGUCUUUCAAGUAAAAGGUCUUGCAAAUUUCUCGCAAAAAAAAAAAGGUUUUGGUGCAUAUAACAGCAGAAGUGAAUGGAGAUUUGUCUUUUGAGAGUCACAUCCCUCACAUUCAAGCUUCUUAACACCAAGCUUAAAUUUUAUCUACAUUUUGACCACUUUGACAAAAUUAUGAAUGUGUGCCGAUGUUGUUUGUAGUCUCAAACGAUAAGAACUAGGCUCUCUGUGUCAGCAGUAGUUUUUUGUUUUUUAUUAUAAUGUAUUGCGGCUCGAGGUUUUACUUGUUGAUUUUGCAGUUUGAAUGUUGAUGUAUUUAAUUAUAUGUGUACAGUGUAUCUGAGC